AUGGAAGCAGAGACGUCUUGGACCAAUUAUCCGUACAGCUACAUAACAUACGUCCCUGAAGCUGAAUCAUACUCGGAGCAGAGUGACGAUGAGAGCAAAGUCGAAACCUUUUCGAUGGAUUCUCUUCUUCCCGACGAUCUACUAGAGAGAAUCCUCUCGUUUCUCCCCAUUGCAAGCAUCUUCAGAGCUGGCACAGUCUGCAAGAGAUGGAACGAGAUCGUAUCUUCUCGGAGAUUCUUAUGCAACAUCUCGAACAACUCGGCUCCUCAAAGGCCUUGGUACUUCAUGUUCACUACCACAGAUGAUCCAUCGGGUUAUGCUUAUGACCCGUUUAACCGGAAAUGGUACAGCUUUGAUCUCCCUUGCAUCGAGACUUCGAAUUGGUUCGUUGCUUCCUCUUGUGGAUUGGUUUGUUUCAUGGAUAACGACUGCAGAAACAAGAUUUACGUCUCGAAUCCGAUUACUAAACAAUGGAGGAGGCUCAUCGAACCACCAGGUCACAGAUCGACGGAUUACACCGCAAUGUCUACCUCUGUGAACCGGGUGGUUAACCGAUCAAACCGGAGUUACUCGGUUUCGAUUGUGAAAUCGAAGCAAGUUCCUGGGAAUUUCGUCCAGUGGGAUCUCUCUAUUCAUCUCUACAGCUCUGAAACAAUGGCGUGGACGACGUCUUUAACCGAUGUGUUAACCGGGUGGAGAGGAGGGAACGAGAGUGUGAUCUGCGACGGUGUUCUCUACUUUUUGAUCUACUCAACCGGAGGAUCCGAUCAUCGGCACGGCUUAAUUGCUUCCGAUCUAUCGUCGAUUGGAUCAUCGUCGUCGAGUGGAAUUUUGAUGAAGAGUUUUAUCCCGAUGCCGUGCUCGUUAACCUGCGGGAGAUUGAUGAAUCUGAAGGAGAGGCUUGUGAUUGUUGGAGGGAUCGGGAAACCGGAUCGACCGGAUAUUAUCAAAGGGAUUGGGAUCUGGGUUUUGAGAGGGAGAGAGUGGGAAGAGAUGGCGAGGAUGCCUCAGAGAUUCUUUCAAGGUUUCGGAGAAUUCGACGAUGUGUUCGCGAGUAGUGGCACUGAUGAUUUGGUUUACAUUCAGAGCUAUGGAUCUCCGGCGCUUUUGACAUUCGAUAUGAAUCUGAAGUAUUGGAAAUGGUCUCAGAAAUGUCCUGUGACGAAGAAGUUCCCUCUUCAGCUAUUUACUGGGUUUUGCUUCGAGCCGAGACUUGAGAUCGCUCCAUAG